ACUUUAAAUAAUUUAAUUCUUUAAAUAUUAUUAUGUUGCUGUAUUUUUAAAAAAUAAAUGUCACGAAAUAACACACUGUUUUCAAUAGUUAAUAACGCAUUUCUCGCGGCACACCGGUUGAGAACCACUGCUUUAUAGUAAUAUGUGGCGGAAAUUAAUGUAUAGAUGGGGUUGGAUCCAGGGAGCCUAGGGGCUCAGGCCCCACAGACAUUGUUUCUCCAAUUUUCAUAGGGAAAUUUCCAUAAACAUUAAUCUAAUUAUUGACCGUUUUGGAAAAAAAGCAAAAAGUAUAUAAAAAGAAAUAUUAUGGCGGACAAAAAUAAUAUUUUGUACUUGUUCGAUCGUCCUACCGAACCUAUAUUCAUUGGAAAAGGCGAAGAAAAUGUGUCUUUCGAUGUACCCACUGACUACUUGAUCGACCGGUACAAGCCAUUGGCGUCAGACAUCCAAACUCGUUUUCCCGGUGGUAAAACCGUUCCAGUCACUAGAUUGAGCAGUAUUCCCGACUUGUCGAUUCCACUGGGACUUAAGAGAGAUAUGCCGUUUUCGCUUUUCAACCAAUCCCACGGUAAAAUGGCCGCAAAGCUCAUCGAGAUUCUAAUGAACGCGAAAUCGUACGACGAACUCUUGUCGCUUUCCGUGUACUGUCGUGACCGGAUCAACCCGUACAUGUUUACUUACGCACUGUCCGUAGCAUUGAUACACAGACCUGAUACUCGCAAUUUGAGACUACCGUCGCACUCCGAAAUGUUCCCAAGUCUGUAUAUGGACUCUUCAGUGUUCGCCCGCGCCAGAGAAGAAUCGGCUGUGGUCCAAACCGGCUCUAGGACUCCCAUCGAAAUACCUCACGAUUAUUCUGCCAACAACUUGGAUGCUGAGCACAGGAUUAGCUAUUUCCGCGAAGACAUCGGCAUAAACCUUCAUCAUUGGCAUUGGCAUUUGGUCUACCCGUUCGACGGACCGCUCAACAUUGUAAAUAAGAACAGGCGUGGUGAAUUAUUUUUUUACAUGCACCAACAGAUUAUAGCUAGAUACAACAUGGAACGGUUAAGCAAUAAUAUGAACAGAGUAGUUCGUUUAACCAACUGGGAUCAACCGAUUGCAGAGGGUUACUUCCCAAAAUUGGAUAAUAUUCUAGCCAAUCGUGUAUGGCCCCCUAGACCAGUCAAUGCUGUACUUCAAAAUAUUAGCAGAGAAGUAGAACAAAUCACGUUUGACAUCGAAGAUCUUGUGCGUUGGAGAGACCGCAUAUUCAAUGCUAUUCAUUCUGGAUUUAUUAUCAACACUGCCGGUCAACAAGUUAGAUUAACAGAAACUGAUGGAAUAGAUAUAUUGGGAAAUAUUAUAGAAUCUAGUAUAUUAAGUCAAAAUCCAAAUUUGUACGGUUCUCUUCAUAAUAAUGGUCACAACGCAAUUGCUUAUAUUCACGAUCCUGAUAAUAGAUUUUUAGAAAACUAUAGCGUUAUGGGAGACUCAGCUACAGCUAUGCGUGAUCCAAUAUUUUACCGUUGGCACGCAUAUAUUGAUGAUAUAUUCCAAGAAUAUAAAGCUACGAUACCAAGUUAUAAUGUUCAAAAUUUGGGCUUUGACAACGUAAGUGUACAAAGCGUUGAAGUAACAGCCACCGGGUUACCACGUAAUGAAUUUGCGACGUUUUGGCAACAAAGUGACACCGACUUAUCUAGAGGCUUGGACUUCUUACCACGUGGAUCAGUAUUUGCAAGAUUUACUCACUUACAACACGCCCCAUUCAAUUAUAAAAUUAUUGUUGAGAAUAAUGGAAAUCAACGAAUUGGAACAGUUCGUAUCUUCUUGGCACCUAAAUUUGAUGAACGUGGUUUACCAUUCUUAUUUAGAGAGCAAAGAAAACUUUUUGUUGAACUUGACAAAUUUAGUACAUCACUAAAAAGGGGAAGAAACGAAAUCGUCCGUCGAUCGAUUGAAUCAUCAGUAACUAUACCACAUGAAAUAACGUAUAGAAACCAAGGAAGUAACAGACCGGCUGCCAACUCAGAUGCAGCGCCAAUGUUCAACUUUUGUGGUUGUGGGUGGCCACAAAACAUGUUGAUAGCCAAAGGGUCGCCCGAAGGGUUCCAGUGUCAAUUGUUUGUUAUGGUAUCUAAUGGCGAAAUUGAUCAGGUGGCGAACGCUCAAGGGGACGGGCAAACUUGCGACGACGCAUCGAGCUACUGCGGUAUCCUUAACUCCCGUUAUCCGGACUCCAGGUCCAUGGGUUAUCCGUUCGACCGCACUCCUCGCGACGGCGUGGUCACUCUUCAACAGUUUUUGACGACCAACAUGGUCGUACAAGACGUACGCAUCCGUUUCUCCAACCGUACGGUAGCUCCGUUGCAAAACGCUACAGCGAACAGAAAUGCGGGAACCAGUAAUAACAACAAGAGGAACUGAGGACUUCGCGAAUCGCAGUGGAUACAACACGCACGGUUAAAACACCUAAACCUUUGUUUAAUAUAGAUACCAUAUAAUUUAGUCAUUAUAGUCGAUGUAUUGACAUAGACACGAACAGUCGUUAGGGGUCUACCUGAAAUUCGUAAGACGAUUUUUUUGUUACACUUAAACACGUCUUGAUGAUUAACAAUAAUAUAUAGGUAUAACACUGAAAACAAAUUUUCAAUUCAAAACUAUAUCAAAAUACAAUAUUAUGUUCAUUGUUCAAAUCAUGACUCAAUAUCAUUCGCAAACACCAAUAAUGUUAUCUAGGCUGAUUUCUCUCUUUUUUAAAUUAUUAUAUUAUUUAUUACCUACAUUGACUAUUCGACCAUUUAAUUACUACGCGUGCGUGUCUCUAUUUUACUACACUACUACAUAAUAAUAUGUACCCAUUCGAUUUUGUACUAAUAUACAUUUAUUAAUGUAUUAUACAUACUAAUAAUAAUAUAUUACCACAUUUAUAUACCUACAAUACACACAUUAUAAUUAUUAUUGUAACAUUUAUUAUACGUAAUAAAUCAUAUAACAUAUUUAAACCUA